CGCAUUCUAGGUGAAGCUGGGAUUUUAUUUCUUUCUCAUUGUUUUCUUGUUAUCCGACGUUAAUGAUGUUCCACCAGCUGACGGAUCAAACAGUGAACGACAGCUGUCAGCAGGAACUCACCUCGGUGUGCAACAAGAGCGCAGACGGAGACGCGCUCCAGCUGCCCACUUUCUCCACCGCGGCCAAAGUGCGCGUCAUCAUCACCUUCACCCUGUGCGCGGUGUCGGCCGUGUGCAACCUGGUCGUGCUGUGGGCUGCGUGCAACGGCGGCAAGCGCAAGUCGCACGUCCGGAUCCUCAUCAUGAACCUGACCGUGGCCGACCUGCUGGUGACUUUCAUCGUGAUGCCCGUGGACGCGGUGUGGAACAUCACGGUGCAGUGGCAGGCCGGGGACGUCGCCUGCAGGCUGCUCAUGUUCAUGAAGCUGGUGGCCAUGUACUCGUGCGCUUUUGUCACCGUGGUCAUCAGCCUGGACAGACAGUCCGCCAUCCUCAACCCUCUGGGCAUCAGCGAGGCCAAGAGGAAAAGCAAAAUCAUGUUGACCGUGGCCUGGACCAUGAGUGUGAUCCUCUCGCUCCCACAGAUGUUCAUAUUUCACAAUGUGACCAUCACAGUCCCGGAGAACUUCACCCAGUGCACCACUCAUGGCAGUUUUGUCCAGCGCUGGCAGGAGACCCUCUACAACAUGUUCACCUUCGUGUGCCUCUUCCUCCUGCCUUUGGCCAUCAUGAUCUUCUGCUACACACGAAUCCUCAUCGAGAUAUCCAGCCGCAUGGCUCGGAGUAACCAGUUCUCCAAAGACGUGCAUCUCCGCCGCUCCCACAACAACAUCCCCAAAGCUCGGAUGAGAACUCUUAAGAUGAGCAUCGUCAUCGUGACUUCCUUCAUCAUCUGCUGGACGCCGUACUACCUGCUGGGCCUGUGGUAUUGGUUGUUUCCUGAAAAAAUGGAGGAGACGGUCUCUCAUUCACUGACUCACAUGCUGUUCAUCUUUGGCCUCUUCAACGCCUGUCUGGACCCCAUCACCUACGGCCUGUUUACCAUCCACCUUCACCAGGGUCUGAAGAGGUGCCGUCAGCCUUCCAAUACUCGGACUGAAUUAGAAAACAACACUUGUCUCAUACGAAUGUCGUCGCACACGCAGAUUGGCCACAAUGCACACGCCGAGGGGUUAAACGACAACAACGGCACAAAGAAUGCCACGCAGUCAGUCGUCCCAGUAAGCAAGAUAUAA